CUGCUUUGUUAUAACAGUACGUGUCCUUGAAGCAAUGCGUCGGUCGUCAGACAGGCGGAGCUCUCGGUCCAGUUACUCCCAUAGCAGCAGCAUGGCAUUGGUAUUUCUAAAGAUUUUUGUUCCCCCCUCCUCGUGGGAUACAGACCGCUAUUCUCAGUCCUCCACAGCCAGAGUCGAGCACCCGUGGCCUUAUAAAAAGGACCGAAAGCAGCGACAAGGACGCACAUUUCAAGGUGAAGGACUGAAUGAUCUGCAGGCACAUUUGGAUGUAGGUUUCUGUGCGGGACUACAGCAUUUGCAUAGCUGUGAGGCGACUGCAGACAGGUUUCUUCAGCUUCUCAAAGUGGCAUGUUAUGGUCAUCUAGAGAAACACGUCAGCCACAGAGACGACAACAUGAAGGUGACAGCCCUGCUCAUCAUUUGUUCCUGUCUGAUCUCCGGGAGUUUGGGGAAGCCACAAUUCCCUGAACAAGAGAAGGAUCCCAAAUUUUGGAUUUCUGGGGCCCAGCGGACCUUACAGAACGCUCUGGUGCUGCAAAAUCUCAAUAAAAACAAAGCCAAGAAUCUCAUCCUCUUCCUAGGAGAUGGGAUGGGCGUGCCCACAGUGACAGCUGCUCGAAUUCUGAAGGGUCAGAUGAACGGACAGAGUGGAGAGGAGACACAGCUGGAGAUGGACAAGUUCCCUUUUUUGUCUUUGGCCAAGACGUACAACACGAAUGCACAGGUGCCAGACAGCGCUGGCACGGCCACAGCUUACCUCUGCGGGGUCAAGGCCAAUGAGGGCACGGUGGGAGUGAGUGCAGCUUCUGUCCGAUCCCAGUGUAACACCACAAAGGGCAAUGAGGUCACCUCCAUCCUCAAAUGGGCUAAAGAUGCAGGUAAGUCAGUGGGAAUAGUGACAACGACCCGUGUCAACCAUGCAACUCCCAGUGCUGCUUAUGCCCACUGCGUGGACAGAGACUGGUACUCCGACAAUGAGAUGCCAGCUGAAGCACUGCAAGCUGGCUGCAAGGAUAUUGCCAGACAACUCUUUGAAAACAUUCCCAACAUUAAUGUUAUUAUGGGUGGAGGGAGGAAGUACAUGUUCCCUAAAAAUCAGCCAGACGUUGAGUAUCCUGGCAUUCUGAAGCACAACGGCACACGAAAAGAUGGAAGAAACCUGGUGCAGGAAUGGAGCGACAGAAUGAAGGAUAAAAAAGGCCAUUAUGUAUGGAAUAAGAAGCAGCUCUUAUCGCUGAACCCUAACAACGUGGAUUACUUAUUGGGUCUAUUCGAACCUGGGGAUCUGACAUAUGACUUGGAGAGGAACACUGAGACUGAUCCUUCACUGACAGAGAUGGUGGAGGUGGCCAUCAAGAUCUUGAGGAAAAAUCCCAGUGGAUUUUACCUGCUUGUAGAAGGAGGACGUAUUGACCAUGGACACCAUGAGGGCAAGGCCAAGCAGGCUCUGCAUGAAGCUGUGGAAAUGGACAGAGCCAUCGGCCGGGCAGAUCUCAUGACCAGCAUCCAUGAUACACUGACUGUAGUUACUGCAGACCAUUCUCAUGUGUUCAACUUUGGAGGCUACACCCCCAGGGGAAACACUAUAUUUGGUCUGGCCCCAAUGUUGAGUGAUAUUGACCAGAAGCCUUUCACCUCCAUCUUAUAUGGGAAUGGACCAGGUUACAAAGUAGUUAACGGUCUGAGAGAGAAUGUCUCUACCAUUGACUACCAGGAAAACAACUACCAGGCCCAGUCAGCAGUACCUCUGAGUAUGGAGACACAUGGAGGAGAGGAUGUGGCUGUGUUUGCUAAAGGUCCCAUGGCUCACCUGCUGCAUGGGGUCCAUGAGCAGAACUACAUCCCCCAUGUAAUGGCAUAUGCAGGCUGUAUUGGCCAGAACAGGGAACACUGUACAUCCCGCAGCGGGACUGUUGGUUUGCGCCCCAUCCUGUCCAGCAUCGCAGCUCUUGUCACAGUUACCCGAUUUCUGUGCUAACCUUCCUUCCUACCUUAUCCUGUCAAACCCCAGUUGUGACCAGUCAUACAUUUUAAGAUUUUAAUUUCUUAUUGUUGUUUUUAGAUGCUCUAAUUUUACUCUUCACUAUUUUGAUUGUGGGAGCACUAUUAGGGCACUUUUGUGUUACAGUAAUUAACAGACACAAAUAUAAGGUAUCAGUUUUAGUCUAUUCAGGCAUAUAAAACUAGAAAAUCAAACGCCCCCAAUGCACUGAAAUGAAAAGUGGUGCUGCAGAGGUCACCACAAAAUCAGAGAUCUCAGUUGUGAUUUGUCUUUUAAAUAGUUAUUGUUAAAUAUAAACCUUUCAGGUUUGAAUAGAUAGAUUGGAUGGAUUUACAAAUGUUUGAUUAUGUUUCAUAUCUUAAAUGUGCAGUUAACAAAAUCUACCUCAUAAGCUUGCAAAAGGUCUCUAACAUAAUUACGGUGUGUUCAGAGACACAUUUCAGUGGAUAAAUUCUGUGCCGAAACCAGAGGCAACUGAAUGUAUAAUUGAAAAAAAAAAGAGUAAGAAAUAACUAUUUCUUGUCAUGCACAAUGUGCAUUCUUGCAUUCUUGAAAAAGCACUGAAAAAGCAUAUCUAACAUUGCUGUGUCCAAUAACAGAAGUUGUGAAACAUUUUAACCAAUAAAGGAAAUAUGCUGUUUUCUGAUA